AUGCAAAUAUGGGCUGAAAAAGACAUCCGACUGAUGAAAGAUGUUCUUCAAAGUAGUUAUCCAUUCAUAAAUUAUUUCCACGGUAAUGUUUGCGGUUCGGGCACGUGCAUUUUUUCUAAAUGGGCAAUCGAAUUUGUCACAACCCACUCUUUCGGAGCUAAUGGUUAUCCUCAUCGAGUUGAUCAUGGAGAUUGGUAUUGCGGCAAAGGUUUCGGAAUGGCUAGAAUAACUACUCAAAACGGAUAUUGCAUAAAUGUUUACAUUCUUCACUUGAUUGCUAGAUAUGUGUUGGAUCGCAAUAAGGACGGAUAUGAGGGGCAUCGAAUGGCUCAAGUUAUUGAGUUAAUUGAAUUUAUCAAUUCGACGAUGCAUUCCGUUGAUGCCAUUUUUGUAGCUGGAGACUUUAAUUUGGAGCCGGAAACAACCGGCAUAAAGCUUUUACGAGAAGUUCUUGGACUUCGUGACGCUUGGCUUGAUUGCGUAUUAAAUUCCUAG